AUGAAUCUGCUAAUUUCUGCUCAACAUGCAUAUAUUAUAAUUUCCUUAGUUUCCAUUCCACUCAUCUUCUUUCCGCUCUUACCUCACAUCUUCCCAUCUAACCUAUCAGGAAUAGCUCCUAAUGUCAAACUUAGUACACCUUCAAUAUCAUUAGCUAUGUGGACAAUGCUUCGAUGCGGAAUAUCUCUACUCGAUCGAUACGUACUGAAGAAAGGUGGUGAUUUAUUCUGUAGUAUAGAUGCGAUGGUAGUAGCUACUUUGACAACUGGGAUGGUCGCCCAUUUACCCGCUAUUGCCCUGUUCCGGUACAAAUCACUUCCUACACCUUCUAAUCCCUUUCCCACAAAUCCGACAAAAGGUAGAACGAUCAUAUGCUUGAUGACCAUUUAUGCCUAUUCACUCCUUCCUUGCGUUCCGACACUCUCAAAUGCUAUAUCUCGACAUUUUGAUUCUCCAGAUGGUAUUGUAAAAUGGUGGGGCUUUUAUUGCAUUGAUAAAGGUGAUUGGUUCAGCACCGUUCGACCCAUUACCCUUCUCAUACCCCUCGGGAUGACUCUACCUAUCACGAUCCUAAUCUUAUCGUUACUUUACUCAACCUCAGGCCAUCCAUCACCGCAUAUCCAUCCAACAAUCAACAAUUGGCUUCAGGGUAUUAUACUCCUUUUGAUAUCAAGUGGGAUUGGAGGCUUCGUGAUCUGUGAAAGAUUGGUGGGAUGGAAUGACAGAUGGUGGUUACGAUCUUUUGAGGCGCUCGCUGGUCCAAUGUUGGCAUUAUGUUUUCUUACCGAUAAGAACAUAUAUAUCACAUAUUCACAUUGGAUUUUACUUCGUCGACCACCAAAAUCCGAGCCACUUGAAAAUACGAGUCCAUUAUUACCGACCUCGGACGAAAAAUCUUUGAAUAGGUCAUCAUCUUUCUUUGUACCCAGAAUUACUGGGACAAGAUCGAGAUUAGUUCCUAAAAGGAGUGUAAGGUUCCCACCUACACCACAACAAGCUGAAUAUAUUCCAAAUCGACAAACUCUUGAUUCAACACGAAGUGAAUCAGUCUUUGGAAGAGGUAGUCUAUUACCUCCUCCAGCCAAACUGAGGACGAAAUUGAGUAAACCAAAUACCGAGUUAAGACUGAACCUUGAAGAACUAUAUCCUUCACCAUGCAUCGACGUGUCAAGAUCCGAGUCUACUUCGGGAUGUCAAAAUGAGAUGGAAAUACCCGAUGUCAUUAUUCAACAGCCGACGCCAAUUCAUAUGAGUCAGGAUGGAUAUAAAUACUCUAUCAGUGCAAGCAAGUCGUCACCUUUUCGUCAUCAUGAUUUCGAUACUAUACAUUCAGUGAAUACAAACGUGGCCUUUCCAUCUCAUUCUCCUCCUCGAUGUCGACGUGAAUCUGUAAACAGAAAUACCGAUAUCAAUAGUCCGGUCACAUACACAACAUACACGCAAGCCUCAGAACCAUUUGAUGAUAGGUAUAACGAACUGAUAUCUACCGCUGAGUCCGGAUUUGAUACAGAUAUUUUCCCUCAAAACCGACCAGGCAGAAGAGCAUCAAGAAAAAGUACAAGUACAAGUACGAGUUCAGGUCCUGGUAUAGGUGAAAUGAUCUCUACAAUAGGUCAAUAUCCCAUUACUAGAUCAUUCACACCAGCGACUACCUCUACAUCAGCUUCAAGUAAGAGUAGACCGUUAACUGAGACCUCUUCAAUCUACUCACAGCCCUCCUUGAUCGAGUCAUCCCAUGCUCAUCAACAUAUAAAUCGGACUCCACAUGUCCUGAGACCAGCUUUGGCUUAUAGGAGAAAUACAAGCGAUUACAGGUAUACACCAAGUAAUUUGAUGUUCACUGCUCCUGAGGAGAACGCAGAAGAAGAAUUGAUAUCUUUCCAUCUGGAAUCGAGCUCGAAGAAUGACUAUGAAUAUGGACAUGAGCUUGAAGGAUCAUCGAAUCUCGUUUAA